AUGUAUGAUACGCCUGUAUCAUAUCUACCCAACACUGCACACAAGUCACACUUUGACACUUAUUAUUAACAAUAUAUGCCUGUGUUGUUUUCUUUCGAUCGUGUAACUAAUUUGUUGCGAUUCCUUUUAUUUUUUAUCACCAUAUGACUUAAAUAUUUCGUCGAAUAUUGCUGUUUUGCGAACAUCGAAAAACAAAGAACUAAAAAUUCGUAUUCAAACGUCAACAUUUGAUUGAGGAAAAAGACACUGACAGUCACGGAUUUGCUACCAUUUGGAAUCACAUUAAUGAUUCGCCACCAUUUUACGACGAUGACGUCCAGUGAUUUCUUUGAAUCAUAACAUCGGAUAAAAAAUUGACAGAGGGGAAUGGUGUUUACAUUAUUAUUUUAUAUAUCUUAUAUCUAUAUUGUUCUCGUCAAUUUAUAUACCUUCUUAAUAAACACGUAUUUUUCUUAUGGAUUCAAAAUACGAAAAAUUUUAAUUUAUCUUAUAAUUGAUCGCGUUAAUUUCAUGUUUCUAUCUACAUUAUUUCCGAUGCAGGUGUAAUAUAGCUUGUUUUCACAUUUCAAGAUGAGACGACAAGGACAAGAUGUGAUGCAAGUGAAUUUGGCUGGAAUCAGACGAGACAUUGUCAACCUUGCUCAUAAUUACAGCAAUGCUCAGAAAGCAGUUCGGAAAGCUACCAGCAAUGAUCGAUGGGGACCAAGCAGCACGCUAAUGGCUGAAAUUGCUGACUUAACAUAUAAUAUGGUAGCCUUCACUGAAAUUAUGCAGAUGCUUUGGAAACGUCUUAAUGAUCAUGGAAAAAACUGGCGUCAUGUUUACAAAACAUUAGUUUUACUUGAAUAUCUUAUCAAAACAGGCUCCGAAAAAGUAGCUCAACAGUGCAAAGAAAAUAUUUUUGCAAUUCAAACACUGAAAGAUUUUCAAUAUAUGGAAGGAUCCAGAGAUCAAGGAAUAAAUGUAAGGGAAAAAGCAAAACAGUUAGUGGCCUUAUUAAAAGAUGAAGAACGACUUCGUAAUGAGCGAGCACGUGCACUAAAAGCCAAAGAACGAUUCGCUCAAUCAGUCAGUGGAUUUGGAAGUGAUGGUACCGGUUCUGCUAUGGGUGACGCCUGUUCAUCAGAUUGGGAACCUUACAAAGAAAAAGCUGAAUCAAAACCUGAACUAGAAACAGCAAGACCCCAGACUGUAGGUGAGGAAGAGCUUCAGCUUCAAUUGGCUCUUGCAAUGUCACGAGAAGAAGCAGAACAAGAAGAACAGAGAAGGCGCAGCGACGACGUAAGACUUCAACUUGCAUUGAGUCAAAGCCAGCAAGACUUCAAAGCACCUCCAUCCGAAAAGGCAAGCCAUAUCCUUGAUCUACUAGAUGUGAGUUUAGGAGAAACAAGUGGUGAAGCAGCUGCAGUUGAUCCUUGGGGUGUUCCUCUUUCACUGCCGCCAUCAAGACCUCAGACUAAUACUAUUGAUCCUUGGGACAUUACAAUAACUAGUGAUCCACUUAAAGUAGCAGAUCCUUGGGCACCAGUUCUAUCUCAGCGUCCAAUAGCUGCUGUUGAUCCCUGGCAAGCACCACUACCGAUAUCAUCUACUGUGUCGCCAAGAACUGUGGAUCCUUGGGUAUCACCUAUUAGUGAUGUUUCAGCAACACCACCCCCUUUUAUCAAAAAUUCAUUACUUAAACAAAACAUUGGUCUUAAUGCUCAAUCAGCACACAACGCUAUGGAUUUCGAUACCAAGUGCUCAUUGUUAUGUGCUCCGAAUUUUCCAGAAAAUAGUAAUAGACUCAAUGGCUCCCGGAAUGAAUUCAAUAAUUUUGAUUCUCCAAGCAGUACAAACACAAGUCCGUUAGGCGAACUUGACGAGUUUGAUGUUAUUAGCAAUAGAGACAAACUUGGUACAAGUCCUCCGAUGGUUGACGAUGGAAUAACUAUUUCAUCUGAUCCAUUUUACCUAGGAAGCUUGAAUAACAAUCUGCCACUCAGCACUGGUGCAAUAAAAAAAACACCUCAGUCAUUUUUGGGUGAAAAUUCAGCACUUGUUAAUCUCGACAAUCUCGUCAGUACUUCGAUGAAGCCGUCUGCACCUGUACCAGCUGCUGUUGCUUCUUUUCCGGUAAAUCCAUUUAUUGCAGUAACACCACCACCACGCCCUACGAUUAAUCAGAUUCGUCAGGAUCCUUGGAUAGGAAACGCGGCAGCUUCAUCAACAGCGAAUCCGUUUUUAUCAUAGCUAUGCUUUGCAACGAGAAAGUAAAGUAAAUAAAAUACGAUAGUAUUGAAAAUAUACAAAAUUUGGGAUUACGGAGCGUUGAAAAAAAUAAUAAAACAGUCAAAGAAUAAGA